AUAGUCGCUUAGGAGGCAGGGCAGGGAGUAUAAGUGCCGACGGACGACUCUGUACGCAGACUAGUUUUAUUUCGACUCCUGACGCAGCAGCUCCUCGCGGAUUCGAGGGAUAUCCUAGAACAUUAUAUUACUCAUAUAUCCGCGAGUAUAGAACCUCUGCAAUAUAGUAUACACGUAUAGACAGAGUCAGAUCAGUCUCAGCGUGCUGUAGUACAUCGGAGCGCGUGUGUUGGGGGACGGCCGCGAGCGCGAUCGACCGAGAGGAAAAGUGUCCGUAAAAGAGAGAGAGAGAGAGAGAGAUAGAGAAAAAGACGUCCACAGAGCGCGCUAGUGUGCAGAGAGCCCUACUCGUGCGUGACCGUGGCACCGUGCCCACGACGACGACGACUACUCGUCGCCCCGCACAGCUAGCGCACUGGAGAGAGAGAGAGAGAAAGCCAUCAGACAUCGAGGCCUAGCCCCUGCAGUAGUGUGUUAUAUAUAGAGAUAUACCAUCAAUCGCAGCAGUAGCCGUGCGCGCGAGAGAAAGAGAGUCACACUUACGCACGCGUCGUGUGACGUGUGACUCGCUCGAUCUCGCUCUUUAUUCGCUCUCGCUCUGCUGUGUGUUAGCGCCUAUACUCGCAGAGCUACACUACCGCCGUCGCCGCCGCCGCUGACGACGACGUUGUUCCCCCUGCGUGUCGUGCGGACGUGGACCUCGAGUCAUCUCCUCCCUGCUUUGCCCAUGUGUACCAGCGCACCUUGAAAGAUGCUCAUCAAGGAAUUCCGUGUGACUCUGCCCCUCACCGUCGAAGAGUAUCAAGUUGCCCAACUGUACUCUGUAGCGGAGGCUAGUAAAAAUAAUACUGGUGGAGGUGAGGGCAUUGAAGUCUUGAAGAAUGAACCCUUCACAGACUACCCUCUACUCGGAGGAAAGUAUUCCUCUGGCCAGUAUACAUACAAGAUUUACCACUUAGCAAGCAAAGUGCCUGGUUUCAUUCGCAUACUACUACCCAAGAACUCCUUGGAGAUCCACGAAGAAGCAUGGAAUGCUUACCCCUACUGCAAAACUGUCAUAAGCAAUCCUGGUUACAUGAAAGACAACUUCAUUAUCGUCAUAGAAUCUUACCACAUCGGGGAUGUUGGAGACCAGGAAAAUGUUCACGAAUUGCCGCCCGACAAGCUUAAAAUCAGAGAGGUGGUGCACAUAGAUAUAGCCAAUGACCCGAUCACUAAUGCGGAUUACAAAGAGGACGAGGAUCCAAUCAAGUUCAAGUCUGAAAAAACUGGUCGAGGUCCGCUGGUCGGCAAAGACUGGAAACAUCACGUUGACCCGGUGAUGACCUGCUACAAACUUGUUACCUGUGAGUUCAAAUGGUUUGGCCUGCAAACGCGCGUAGAGAGUUUCAUCCAGAAAGCUGAGAGGCGCCUCUUCACCAAUUUCCAUCGGCAAGUGUUUUGCUGGAUGGACCGCUGGCACGGCCUCACAAUGGAGGACAUUCGAGCGAUCGAAGAAAAAACAAAGGAGGAACUAGAUAGACAAAGAGAGAAAGGAGAAGUACGAGGAAUGCGUGCUGAUGAUUGAGGCUUUAAUAAGUACAGUGUAAUAAGGUUAAAUGGAUUUCCCCUACAAGUAAUACGAGCGCCAGACUUACGCUUAUACACACAUAUGCAUACACUCAAAGCCAUUUGCGGUCCUGCCGGAUCGGGGCAGUUUCCAGAGUUUAUUUGUCUAGAAUCAGUGUCUACUCUAAUUACUUACAAUUUUAAUUUAUUUACAUCUACAAACAUUUUAGAUAAAUGUAUCUACAGUCAAAGAGUAAAGUUAUUGUAUUAUUAUUGAUAAAGCAAAAAAAAACAACGGAAAAGCCGAAGCAGAUAUUUAACAUAAAUAGUAUGUUUUUGAAAAGAUUUAGCACAGCAUAAAAAAAUACAAAUGGAAUGAGGGGAGAGGGAGUAAAGUGAAAAUGCAGUCUAGAUAAUUUAAAAAUACUUGAAUAAUUAAUUAAUUCAUAGAAAAAAGUUAGUCAAUGAUAUUAGCUAAUAACAGUUGUUAACAAGCAAAGAACACUUGCUUGCUACAAACGCAUAAGUGAUUAUGGAUGAGUGGUUAUUCCUAGAGCCCAUAUCGUUGUCUAAACUUAACGUAAAGAAACUGCUAUGUGAAUUCCGAAAGUGCUAAUGUGUGAUAUGCAACAAAGUUACAAACUAAAGGUAAUACAAGACGAAGAAAGAAACAAAGAAAUGAAAUGAUUAACAUAAAUAAAUGAAAGCACUUAAUUUAUUAAACAUUUCUCGCCACGUCCUUAGAAAAUUGCUUGUUAUUUUUUUAAAUAAAUAAGACAGAUAAAACUCCAAUUAACUACGAGCAUUGAGGCAAUUAUCUAUAUUAUAUCAGUUCCAGUCAAAGUUCUAUUAACGCGAUGAUAUUAUACAAGUUUAAGCGAUUUACUCGCCUUGCGCUUCUCCACCAGUUCGUGGAUUUUAAAAGUGGCUUUGUCCAGUGGACAAAUUUUACUUUUAACUAAGCAUCUGUCAUUUUAAUUAAAAAAAUGUUAAGCCUCAGUAUUUGAGCAAAACUGAAAUCUCACUUCUAGUGGGAUCACAGAUUUAAACUGCUCCCUGUAAUAAAGUGAAUAUGGUAUGACAUAGGCGUAUGUGUAGAAAAUGUGCUAUCUCUGAAUUUCAGCGAAAUUUGGGCGUCAAUGACUUAGGAUGUGUUAAUUGUACAUAAAGCAAGCAUACAAUGAAAUUCUAAUUUAUUUUUGCUUGAUACAAAUAUUCCGUUAUCUAUAAUUCAAAAAGAUUGUAUGUUUUACAGUAUACAAUAUACUAGGCAGCUGAAUAUGUUUUUUUUUUACAAUUGCAAAGCGCUAUUGCUUUCGUUCGAUGAUUCGUUUUUAUUUUAUUUGGAUCGAAUUGUGAGUGUCUGAGACAAAAUUAUGAAAAGUAUUGACGAAAUCACUUCAACUUUUUCGAAUCUAUUCGUAUGUAUAAAUACCGUAGUGAACGUUGCAUCAAUUGGCAAGUACGCCGAUAUGCAACAGUAAUGAAUUUUUCUGGAGCAUUUGUAUGUUUUUUCCCCUGGAUGGAAAUAGGUAUAAAUCUAUGUUACAAUGAUCUCGUUAACUUUUGGAGCAGUUGAGAAAAAUUGUCAUUUGCACAAACGGAGAGUAGUAGAAAUAAAUGUUUUGGCAGUGAGAUAAGGCGAAAUAAGAUGUGUAGUAGCUUCUGCAUUAAUAUCAAGUGUCAAAGUUGAGAUUUCUAAUCUAAAUAGUGAAACUGAUUUCUUGGUGUACACAUAUGCUCGUAUGCACGCUCUCCAACCGAAUUUCAUUGUAUGUGUAUUUCAACAAAAAAGGAAAAAAACCAAGUACCUUUUAUCCUAUUAAAAGCUAUAUGAUUUAGUUAAAUAAAAUUAGUUGUUCCUCGUAUUACGCAGGGCCGAAAACCCUGUAGCGCUGCCAAAGGGCUGAUUAAUAGAGGAAGAAAUUUCAACCUACGCAUAUGUAAACGUAUGUGCAGUCGAGACAUAUAUAUUUCAAGGAGCAUACGUAUAUCUAUACGUAUGUGAGAAAAGUAUGUAUAUGUAUAUAUACAAGAUCCAAAGUAUACAUAUGUCAGUCAUAAGGUUAAAAAGAUAAUAAAGCCAUAAGAUAUAA